AUGCGUAGAGCACUCUCUUCCCGGUGGCUGACGCGGGCGUUCCAUACGAGUGAGGCUUUGCCUCCGACUGGCCUGCCUCUUUUCCUUUGCCCGGCCGUAGGCCUGGCCCGACAGGUACGGUUUGCGCCGGUGCGAACGCCUCGCAACAUAAACCAGCGGCGGUUGAUUCAUGAGGACACUGCCAUCUUGAAAGAGGGUCAAAAUACAGUCGACGAUAUUUCAGAGGAAAAACGGCAACUUCCCUUCACCUGCAGCGGCUGCGGCGCAUUCACCCAGACGACCGACUCCCACCAGCUUGGUUACUACGAUGUCGCUGCAAAGCGUGUGCGCACAUGGCUGGACCCUCCGAAGGUUGAGCUACAAGAGAAGGAUAUACAGGAAAACGGUGUUAUUAAUAAUGUCUUGAAAUCCAUCGACAGCGAUCAAUUGACGGCGCUCGGGUUUGAUGCCAGCACGUUGGUAGUUGAGGAGCGGGUUGCUGCUCGUCCUUCCAUCCCGCAAGCACCAGUUUGCGAACGAUGCCAUGACUUGAUACAUCAUAAUGCCAAGUCAGCCUCCGGCAGAGUACCAAUGUUCCAUCCGACGGUCGAGUCAUUGCGAGAGACAAUCGAGGAAUCACCACACAAAUACAACCACAUAUACCAUGUCAUUGAUGCUGCCGACUUUCCCAUGUCACUUAUCCCAAGACUGAAUGUUUUACUCGGCGACAUUCCCCUGCGAACUCGGAACAGACGGUCACGAGCGGGCAAGUUUCUUCGCGACCGACAAACGGAAAUGAGCUUCAUCAUUACCCGCAGCGACCUGCUCGGGCCGACAAAGCAGUCUGUUGAUGCUCUGAUGCCGUAUCUUCGAGAAGUACUGCGAGACGCUUUGGGCCGUCUUGGCAAUAGAGUACGCCUGGGAAACGUUCGCUGCGUGAGCGCCAGCCACGGCUGGUGGACAAGGGAUGUAAAGGAAGAUAUCUGGCACAGGGGUGGCGCUGGAUGGAUGGUCGGCAAGGUCAAUGUCGGUAAGAGUCGCCUAUUUGAGGAAGUAUACCCCAAGGGCCGUCUGGAUCAUCCGGAUGCUUCAGUUGGACCCACGGCUAUCGGCCGUAUUCAACCAGAGGAAGAAGACGUGGACGUUGGGGAUUUACUUCCUCCCGCACGAAAGGCCACCAACUAUCCAGCUAUGCCUAUUGUCUCGUCGCUUCCUGGAACAACUGCAUCGCCUAUUCGAAUUCCCUUCGGCAAUAAGAAGGGAGAGCUGAUUGAUUUGCCCGGAUUGGCCCGCAGUGAUUUGGAUCUGUUUGUCAAGGAAGAGCACAGACAAUCUUUGAUCAUGAAAAAGCGCGUCGUGCCGGAGCAGGCCACUGUCAAACCUGGCCAGUCUCUGGUCCUUGGGGGCGGUUUGAUACGGAUUACCCCGUCGUCAGAGAAUAUAAUAUUCCUGAUGUAUAACUUUACGCCCCUAGAGGACCACAUCACAAGUGACGAAAAGGCGGUUGAGUUCCAAGCGCAGACAAAGACUCUUGGCGCGCAGAAAACCAUUUCUCUUCCAGACACCGCUGCGACCAUCAAGCACGCAGGCAGGAAAAACGCUGUUGGUCUAAAUAUUGACCGACUGCCAUUCCGUGUACUGUCGGUAGAUAUCUUGAUUGAAGGCGUCGGCUACGUUGAGAUUGUAGCCCAAGUUCGCACGAGAAGCAUCUACCAACAAAGGGAAGACCAGAGCGCUACGGAAACUAUGGAGGGUGCGGAGGAGAAGCCAAAAUCGUCAGCAUUGGCUUUGGACCCUUUUGAAGUCUCCACCAAAGUAUGA